AUGAGCACUUGGAGUGCUCGACACGACCCACCGAACAACAACAGCAAUUCUCCACUGGGAAUCGAUACCGAGUUUAAAGGAAAGAGAGGAGUAAUUGAGAAGGUUGUUGUCAAGAAUUUGAAACUCCUUAAACCUGACAUCAACAACCAAAUAGAAGUCUGCAAGGAGAUGGAGUAUUUUCAGAAAGAUCCCACACUCAAUCAGCUCAAUGGCACCGACGAUACGGAGGAGGAUUUCUGGUUUAUGGGGAAUUUGUAUGAUUCCCCACCACAGUCACCUCCGAUGUCUCCGUCAGUUGAUACCCACGAUUGGAGCGGUGAUGAGAAGGAGAAGCUUGAGCUGACACGGCUGAAGUCGUCCCCGACAUUGUCCCGUGAAGAAUUCGAAGAGUUUAUUGAGAGAGAUAAUGAAAACUCGGCGGCGGAUUUGGAAAUACUCCGCCGUCAACUCUCGCCGGACCGCCCAUCGGAUAUGAAUGGCCAACCGAAAGCGGAGCGUACCAUUGGCCUAGAAAUACUCUCCCAACUCUCGCCGGACCGCCCAUUGGAUAUGAAAAAUGCACCCCGCCCACUGGAAAAUCCGAUUGAAUCAAGCCAGGAACACCGAUUCUCGGCAACCAGUGGUCCAUUGACCCUCAGUGAUGUGUUUUGGCCAGAAGAACCACCGCCGCCGGCGCUCACUCCACAGUCCUCGCCUCCGUCGAUUCGUUCGACUCGUUCGACUUCAUGCCGCCUAUCUAUUUCGAGUUCUGCCAGUAGUAUAUCACCGGUGAAGAUUCCUAAGGUCGGGAGGAAGACUCGGCAGACUCGAAGAACUAAGGAGGCGAUGAACGCGAUGUCAUCUGCCGCCAAGGUGGAUAUGAAAAGAGUGCGGAAUAAAUUUCAUGCUAGGGAUUCGUUGGCCCGCAAAAAGGAGGAAAACGCUGACUGGGGACGCCGUGUUCAGUUCCUGGAGCUGAAAUUAGGCGAGUCGGCGGAAAAUAAUCGACAGUUAGAAAUUGGAGAUUUCGAUGAGGCAAUGGAAGCGACCCGGGCCCUUAGUCGCUUCAAAUUGAACGAUGAAAUCGCAAAAAUAAAGAGUGAACUCGCUGAAAUCGAAACUGAAAAAGCGAAGAAAGAACUUAAAGCAACCACACGUGCAUCCCAAAAGUGUCGAGCCAAUGCUAAGCUUAAGUUGACUAAGUUGAAAUUGAGAGCCCUUGAUCUGUUAGCGAAAAUCGAUAUGGAGCAGGCAUAUGGAAGAGAGCUUUUGGAGAACACGUCGACGGAGUCUGAAGUAUCGGAACCACCUUCUGUGAAUAAUUUCUCACCGGGAGCCAAGCCUACAACGGAUAGACAUGAAUAUAGGAUUCAGGCGGAGCGCCAUCAGUUCGGUCGCUCCGCCUCCGCUGACAGCUUGCCAAUUUGUCAGCCUGAUGGCACCGCCUAUAUUCACACACCACCUGAUAAUGUGGAUUGGCAGCGGUUUGGCAAGGAUCGGAUGUACCAUAGCGACGUAGCUGCAGAGCCUUAUAACUGCGCCCCAGCGGCUUCGCUCCCGGAGCAAAUGAGCGGCGUCUAUAAUGGUCAGGCGAAUGAUCAGCAGUUUGAUGGCUCUGUCUUCCAGCGUGGCCACCAAGGCGUCCCACUGCAGAUUCAUAGCCAAACCGCCCAUGACGGUCAUAGCGGGAUGUUCACCGAGAAGCAGAUGGAAUAUAAAAGCGUGGAUGCACCGCGUUUUAACGGCGCCCCAGCGGCUCAGCCCCCGGAGCAGAUGGGCGGCGCCUUUAAUGGUCAGGCGGCUUGUCAGCAGUUUGCUGGUGGUUUUGCCCCUCAGCAGGACCUGCCGCCGCCUUAUAAAAGCACCGUAUAUGAUGGUCAGACGAAUGGUCAGCCGUUUGGUGGCACUACUCAUAUGGGUCAGAUAGCCGCGGCUUCUCAGCAAUUCCGCGGCCCUGUAACCCAGUACGGCCACAAUGGCGCCCCACUAAUGUUUCCGGAGCAGAGAAGCGCCGCGGCUUCUCAGCGAUUCCGCGGCCCUGUUUUCCAGCACGGCAACCGCGACGCCCCACCGGAGCAUGCGGGGUUUACCAGAAUCGAUUAUAUGUCGAAUGAAAUGAAUUACGCGAAUUUAAGUGCUGCUCAAUACGCGGUUGAUGUGGUGUCUCGUUAUGAAGAAACUUUUGGAGAGUCUCCAGAUGACGGCAAUCACGAACGAAUGGAUGUCGAUGACGCAGUCUGGCAGUCUGAAAGCGUGAACGCCUUCAACGACGGCGUGGGCUAUAGCAACAUGCCGAAUCGAAUGAAUUACACGAAUUUAAGUGCUCCGAUGAGCCAAGAGAAGGCGCCGGCGGCCUAG